AUUGGUUUCCGGGAUGGGCCCACCACGGCCACUAUAACAAACAACCGAACGACGACGGCUUGAGCGAGCAGGACUGCGUGGAAGUUCGCAGGAUUUAUCCGCUUCCUUCUUCUUCCGCCCGCCUGACAGCCACGUUCAUGUGGAACGACAGAGAUUGCUCUACCCCUAAUUAUUUUAUCUGUGAGCGCCUGCAGAAUGACGAACCUCUGGAACCUAGCUGGAUUAUCAACUGUAACAGAUCGAUUAUUCUGUCUAGAGACCAGCCGAAAGCUUUCGUAUCGAGUCCUGGAUUCCCUCGACACUAUCCCGACAACGCCAACUGUGAUAUAGAAAUCAGUGCUUCUCCUGGAUACAGAAUAAUACUAGAUUUUGAGGAACUGGUGUUGGAGGAUGAACCAUCGUAA